AUGUCUUUCCUAGCCGUCCCACUCCUCAAGCUCGGCAUAUCCCAAGCCAAGAAACACAAAGCCAAGAAAGACCUCCAAAAACAACAAAACGCCUACCCAACCUACGAACCCGAGCAACACCCAAUGAGCGGCUACCCAGCCGGCGCCACGCCGGGGACAACCCUCCACUUCUCUCCACCACAAGAGAAAAGCAAAAGCGCCAAACUAGCCUUCAUAUUCUUUUCAACGUUGCGCUUCCUACAAUUCGUCUUCGGCCUCACCGUCAUUGGCCUGUACGGCAAAGACGUGCAUCACGACCACUCCGAGGAAGACACCUGGCACGCGAAAUGGGUGUACGCGCUCAUCACGGCCUUCCUCGCCACCGUAACUGCAGCCAUCCACCUCGUCAUGCCGUUCGUCAUGCGCAAAGCUAAGCGCGGCGUCGGGGCUGGCUCCGGUUCCACGAUGCUGCUGCUGCCGCAGUUUGUGUGGGAAUUUGUGGUUUCCGUGCUGUGGUUAGCACUCUUUGGCAUCUUUGGGAAGAUGUAUAUUGGUGUUCAUCCUGUCGUCUCGAAGACUGAUGCUGCGACUUCAGCGCUUGGUGAUGCGUCGAAGAUAAAUCGGAUGCGCCAUGCGGUUUGGGUUGAUAUUAUUAACUUGGCGUUCUGGGUUAUGACUACUUCGUGGGUUCUGCUGCGCUGGUUGAAGAGUCGCAGGUCAGCUGGUGCGCUUGAUGCUGAGAAGGGUGAGCAAAUUUAG